UGGAUCCUGGGUUGACGCUCAACCGCAGAGCCACGCCCGGCCAGGCGAAAGGCAAAAUAUUCUAAACAUGACUUUUAUUUAAGAAGUAUUUUCAGAAAAUAUAAAUUUUGUUCUUUAAACUUUUUCACUGGUUUAAAUUUGAGAGAACAGAAUCAUUCCAAUUCUCAAGCACCAACAAUUAAAAAAGGCCUGCCUACUGUAGUUGUUCAGUUGAGAGUUAUUUGUAGAAAAGUGAUUUUUAAUAAGCUGGAGUAAACCAUGACGCUAGCAAGGAGUUGUAUGAUGGCUUGAUUUAAAUGAGGCAUUGUAGGUCUUGAUGCGCUUCUCACACAGAUGCUUUGUUCUCGCAUACAUUUUUGGAAGUGUCAAAGAUGAAUAGCUUUAAAAGAAUAAUCAAGUUAAUGUAAUCUGUAGAUGUACUGAAAAUUAGUUUUUUGCUUAGACUUCCGUUUUAGAAUCUGUAUACCUGUAGUAAUUGAUUAUUGUAUUGGGUGAGCCAGCUAAGUGUCUGAAAUUCUGAUUGCCGUUGGAUACUAAUUUGGUUUUUCAUGUAGAGAUGCAGAGGAUAGUGAAAUUAACAACAAAGUUUUUUCCUAGGAAUAUUUGAAAUGAAAUCUGGUUUAGGAUGGCUCAAUACCAUUCUUGCUAAUGGCAGGGAUUAAAAUUUUGACCUCUUAAAAUUGACUCUCGUCAACCCGUUUUCUCCCAAACCAGGACCAUUAUAUACCUCAUGAGAUUGAGCCUUGGUCAGUCUUUGUUAUGUGGAAAUUCCAUGAGCAGUCGCGGCACUUAUGGUUGCUUAUAAAUAGGGAGUUAGAAACUAGGGUAUAAAAAAUUAAGAUUUACUAUAAAAAGGCAAAUCUUCUAAACAUCCAAGACAUGUCUUUUAAAUCUGUGUAGAAUGCCCUAUUUUAAGAAGACAUUUCUUAGAGGUGAUUAUUCAUACUAUAAAAAUAUUUCCAGUGUUCUGAAGAGCCACAAUUUCCUCCACCAAAAUAGUCUACUUAUAGUGAUUUCGCAGAACUUCUAGGUAAAAUUCAACAUGUGGGUAGGUUGCAUAUGCUGGGUUCACAACCUUUGGUUUGGUGGUGAUGGACUGGAAUCACUAGGUCAGUUAUUAAAUCUAGUAUGUAUUUUGUGGAGUGUAUAAUAAUCUUAAAAACAAUCAACUUUUAUAAACCAUUUAUUUCAGAGCCCGGCAACUUGACUCUAAAAAUUUACCGAGCUGAAUCAUAUGCUGGUCUCGGAGAGUUCAAAGCAGCCAUAGAGGAUCUGAACACAGUUCUCUUCCAGCUGCCAAGUUGGCCUGAGGUCUACUUCAGGAAAGGAAAAGUCCUCCACGAUGCUGGCUUUUUAGGUGACGCCUUACAACUCUUUCUGCAGUGCUUAGCCCUUGAUGACGAUUUUGCACCUGCAAAACUAGAAGUGGAAAAGAUUUUAUUUGAUUUACUAUCACCUGAAAACUUAAAAGAAGGCCUGAAGGAUUCUUCCUGGAGUUCAUUGCCGUGUACUAAGAACAAACCUUUUGGUUUUCCAUCUGUAAUGGAAGAGUCUCACUCUGCCAGUGAGGUUGGCCCAGAGCAGAACAAAGAAAUACCGGAGGCCCCGUCAGAACCUGUCAAAGGAGGCUUAAACCGUGCCAGGUCAGCACAGGCUAUAAAUUCCACAGAAAUGCCAGCCAGACAGGAUUGCUUGAAAAGAGUGUCCUCAGAGCCUUUACUCUCUGUCCAAGAAAAAGGUGCUCUCCUGAAAAGGAAGUUGUCUCUCUUAGAACAGGACGUGGUUGUCAAUGAAGAUGGAAGAAAUAAGCUUAAAAAGCAAGGAGAAACUCCCAGUGAAGCCUGUGCGUUUUCAUUAACUUAUGGCGACAUCCCAGAGGAACUAAUAGACGUAUCAGAUUUUGAGUGUUCUCUCUGCAUGAGGUUGUUUUUUGAGCCAGUAACAACCCCUUGUGGACACUCAUUCUGUAAGAAUUGUCUUGAGCGUUGUUUGGAUCAUACACCAUAUUGUCCCCUUUGCAAAGAAAGCUUAAAAGAGUAUCUAGCAGAUAGGAGGUACUGUGUCACACAGCUGUUGGAAGAAUUAAUAGUGAAGUAUCUGCCUGAUGAGCUGUCUGAGAGAAAAAAAAUAUAUGAUGAAGAAACUGCUGAACUCUCACACUUGACCAAGAAUGUUCCAAUAUUUGUUUGCACUAUAGCCUACCCCACUGUGCCUUGCCCUCUUCAUGUAUUUGAGCCAAGAUACAGAUUGAUGAUUCGAAGAAGUAUACAAACUGGAACUAAACAGUUUGGGAUGUGUGUCAGUGAUACACAGAAUAGUUUUGCAGAUUAUGGUUGUAUGUUACAAAUUAGAAACGUACAUUUCUUACCUGAUGGGAGGUCUGUGGUUGAUACCGUUGGCGGAAAGCGGUUUAGGGUUUUAAAAAGAGGAAUGAAAGAUGGAUAUUGCACUGCAGACAUUGAAUAUCUGGAAGAUGUUAAGGUUGAGAAUGAAGAUGAUGUAGAGAAUCUCAGGCAGCUUCACGAUUUGGUGUAUUCUCAAGCCUGCAGCUGGUUUCAGAACCUAAGAGACAGAUUUCGAAGCCAAAUUCUUCAGCACUUUGGAUCGAUGCCCAGGAGGGAGGAAAACCUUCAGGCAACUCCUAAUGGACCUGCCUGGUGUUGGUGGCUUCUCGCAGUUCUCCCUGUGGACCCCCGAUACCAGCUGUCAGUUUUGUCAAUGAAGUCCCUGAAAGAACGGCUGACAAAGAUACAGCAUAUCCUGACCUAUUUUUCUAGAGACCAAUCUAAGUAACGAGCUGCUUGGAUCUUCCCUUAAAGUUACCCUGACCUGGCUGUGGGGACGGCCAGGUGCCCGCUGCCUUUGCACAUCCAGCGCUGGUCUGAGAAGUGUAAUGAAACUCUUGUGAUUUUUUUUUCCUUCAACCUCCAGAAUCAUGUGGUUCUGCAAAUGAAUACCCUCAACUAGGAUUUAGACCACUAAGCACUUGCACAGGAAAACACGCAGCGAAUGUGUGUUGAACCUCGACAUUGUGAUGAAGUUGCACUAUGUACCAUAAUCUAAAGUGAAACGAGAACUCUGUGUGUGUGUGGAGUGUGUGCGUGCGAGCGUGUGGGUAGUAUGUGUGCAUUUUCUCUGGCUUUAAGAUUUUAAAAGAAAAAAAAGCCAUAGAGAGCAGAACUCGCCGAGGGUUGUUUAAUCCCCAGGUUUACAACAGUAGCGAUACAAGGUUUUGCGAAUUGAAUUUGCCUCAGAUUUCUCUGUCCUAAUGCUUAUAUUUGCACAAGUCUGUAAACUGCGGUGUUGCAUAUCACUCUGUUGGAGAGCCUGCUCUUGCUGAACUGUCUUGACCAUUGACUAUGAUACUUUCUUAUUUAUGUAAAUACGUGCAUCCCAGCGGCCGACAGGCAUUGGGUGCAAAACCUAGAGCCAGUUUUCAGGAACAAUUGCAAACCUGACAUGGUACUGUGCAUCUAUCUAUUCACAAAACACUUAAACUGUGAAAAUAUGGUUUACAUUUAACUGUACAUAAAGGCAAAUGGAGACCCCAACUCAGUACCAGUUAGUUUGUACAUUUUAGGGGGCUUUUCACUUUAACUGCCCAUCUAUGUAAUUUAUAGUUCGACAUGAUGUGUCUGUUAAAAAAAAUUACAUAGUGUAAACCAUUAAGGACCCGAGGGAAGAGAAGAAGCUUAAUGUAGAACUAAGCUUUUACAGUUUGUUUUGUUUUUAAUUCUGGUCUGGUGCAAACGUUAGUUAUGCCUUACUCAUAUCACUUCGAUCACCAUGCUGCGGCGUGGUUUAUACUCAUGCUGCCCUAGGACUUUUGUAAUUAUUUGUUGCAAAUUUAGGACUGUCCCUAUUAACUUUCUUUUAUGUAAGUAAUUUGUAAAAAUUUCUGAAAAACUUGCUUUUGCUUAUUUAAUUUUAAUAAAAGCUAAAUUCAUAAUAAUUUUUUUCUUAAAUUUUAGGUCAUUGUAAAAAACAGUCAGUGGAGAGAUCAAACUGCAUAGUAAAGGAACCGAUGAGUUUUCCUUA